CUAAUCGCCUUCCGCGGAAACAGCAGAGAAAAGGCUAGAGAAGACAAGAUGGCGGAGUGAGUGGGCUGCGCUUCGUUUGGACGCUCGCGCUCUUAAAGUUAGCCGGAAAGCAGUGAGGGGACUGAAGAAGGACCGUCAAUAUCAUCAGCACCGCCCGGAGCGUCGUCCUCAGCGCCCCGUGACCGAGACUCAGGACACUUUUCUGGGUUUUCGCUCCUCUCCACAGCGCUAGCUGGAUGCUAAGCUAGGCCUGCUGACGCUAGCUUCUUGUUGAAGGCCUCCAGCUGGAUUUACAGCCUCCGCUCCAGCCGCCAUUUCUGCUCUAAUCUCCCUGUCCUGCUAUGACAGUGCGCUCAUUCUGACAGUAGAAAAACCUUUGAGUGGAACAAACAUCAGUAGAUUUGGUUUUUCCAGCAACGCCAUCGAAUGUCCUGCCGAUAAGCGGGCUGGGCGGACCAACGCAGAUCUAACGCUCCUCGGUCGGUAGUUUGAGCCGGGAUCAUGGCGAGCAGCAGCGGCUCCAAAGCUGAGUUCAUAGUCGGUGGGAAGUACAAGCUCGUCCGGAAGAUUGGAUCGGGAUCUUUCGGCGACAUUUACCUGGCGAUCAACAUCACAAACGGAGAGGAGGUAGCUGUUAAGCUAGAGUCGCAGAAAGCCAGACACCCACAGCUGCUCUAUGAAAGCAAGCUCUACAAGAUCCUCCAAGGAGGAGUCGGGAUCCCUCACAUCAGGUGGUACGGCCAGGAGAAGGACUACAAUGUCCUAGUCAUGGACCUGCUGGGACCCAGCUUGGAGGACCUGUUCAACUUCUGCUCCCGACGUUUCACCAUGAAAACCGUCCUGAUGCUGGCAGAUCAGAUGAUCAGCAGAAUCGAGUACGUUCACACAAAGAACUUCAUCCACAGAGACAUCAAACCGGAUAACUUUCUCAUGGGCAUCGGCCGUCACUGUAACAAGUGUUUAGACUCGUCAGUGGGGAAGAGGAAAAGAAGCUUGGCUGUUAGCUCUUCUCAGGAUCCAUCUUUCUCAGGAUUAAACCAGUUGUUCCUUAUUGACUUUGGUUUGGCAAAGAAGUACAGAGACAAUCGUACACGGCAACACAUCCCCUACAGAGAAGACAAGAACCUGACGGGGACCGCACGCUACGCCUCCAUCAACGCACACCUGGGCAUUGAACAGAGUCGCCGUGACGACAUGGAGUCUCUAGGCUACGUGCUGAUGUACUUCAACAGAACCAGUCUGCCUUGGCAAGGAUUAAAGGCUGCCACAAAGAAGCAGAAGUAUGAGAAGAUAUCAGAAAAGAAGAUGUCUACGCCUGUGGAGGUCCUCUGUAAGGGUUUCCCAGCAGAGUUUGCCAUGUACCUGAACUACUGCCGCGGGCUGCGCUUCGAAGAGGCUCCAGACUACAUGUACCUGCGCCAGCUGUUCCGCAUCCUCUUCAGGACUCUGAACCACCAGUACGACUACACGUUUGACUGGACCAUGCUGAAACAGAAAGCUGCACAGCAAGGGGCCUCUUCAGGGGGACAAGGCCAGCAGGCGCAAACCCCCACAGGCAAGCAAACUGACAAAUCCAAGCCUAACUUGAAAGGGUUCUAAGUCACCGCCUCCCCGCCCCGAUCUGCUGUUGGUUGCCAGGACAACCUGAUGUCUCUUCCUGGACGAGCGACGGUCUUCUCUUCCAUCAUCACUAUCUAUGUAACGGAGCGUAUAGAUCUACAGGCAGCUGUGUGAUCUAUAUUUUCAUGUGUAUAAAUCAUAAGAUUCCAGUUGGGAAAUGUUUGGGCUUUUCUUUCCCCCCCUCCAUCAGUUUAUCGACCUUUGACCCUCUGCAGACGGUGGGAAGGUAUUUUCUGUCUGAGGUAACAGAUCCUUUCUUCUUCCUCACUACUAAAUGAUUUCAUCCUUUUACCAAAUGAAAGGUAAAACAUGUUAAACUGUCCUUUCUGUUCCUGAAUGAAUAAAUGACACAAACCCUGGAUGUUGAGUUUAAACUUUUUUUUUUUUUUUUUUUUUUUUUCCUAUGGUGAAUAGUUUGCUUGUUGAUAUAAGAAGCAAGACAGCAGUUGGUAGAAUGAUACUUUUGCUCUCUCCCUUUCUCUAGAAGUAUGAUUUAUUAAAUCUGUUGUAAAAUGGUCUUCUUCAGAAAUGCCAAUAAAAACGUUACUAAACUCA